AUGCGGAUGGUGCUGGAGGAGCGCGACCUAUGGGAGGUUGUGAAUGAAAAAGUUAAGCUUGAGCAGCUGGGUAGCGCGCUGGACCAAUCAACAUUUAAGCACAAGGCUCGAACGGCACUUGCAACCAUCUGUCACGCGAUGGAGGACUGGCAAUCGCCGCUGGUUCGCUGGGCCAAGGACGCGUAUGAUGUCUGGUCGCGGCUGGAAGCCAAAAUGGAUGAAGGUGAUGAUGUGCGUCAGCACAUCAAAAAGAUGAAAACUUUGGCGGAGCAGCUCGAUGCGGUGGACGAUUUCGUAACUGAAGAUGACUUGGUUAUCACGCUUCUUUUAAGUCUCAGUGAGUCGUUCGCGUUUCUCAUCACGGCUUGA